AUGGGACAGCAGUUCACCAAUGCAGAAGGGGAACAAGCAGAAAUUGAUGUUGCGGAACUGCAGGAAUGGUAUAAGAAAUUUGUGGUGGAAUGUCCCAGUGGGACCCUUUUCAUGCAUGAAUUCAAGCGCUUCUUUGGAGUCCAGGAUAACCGUGAAGCUGCAGAGUAUAUUGAAAACAUGUUCAGAGCUUUUGAUAAGAACGGGGAUAACACCAUUGACUUUCUGGAAUACGUGGCUGCUUUGAAUCUUGUUUUACGAGGAAAACUGGAGCAUAAGCUGAGGUGGACGUUCAAAGUAUAUGACAAGGAUGGGAAUGGUUGCAUAGAUAAACCCGAGCUGCUAGAAAUUGUUGAGUCUAUCUACAAGCUGAAGAAAGUGUGUCGGUCCGAAGUGGAGGAGAGGACUCCACUGCUCACACCAGAGGAGGUUGUAGACAGGAUAUUUCAGCUGGUGGAUGAGAAUGGUGAUGGGCAGUUGUCUCUUGAUGAGUUCAUUGAUGGAGCCAGGAAAGACAAGUGGGUGAUGAAGAUGUUGCAAAUGGAUGUAAACCCUGGGGGAUGGAUCUCAGAACAGAGGAGGAAGAGUGUAUUGUAUUAAGAGAAUCCACUUCUGAUGUGACUGAAAAUGUGAUGCUGACUACAGCUGUGGCUCUUUUACUCCAGGGCGGUAGUGGCUUUCAUUUUUAAUACAAUCUCAGCAUCCAAACGAAGAUUUCCAGAGGUUUAAGAAGGCAUAUCUGAAUCUAAAGCCUGCGUGCUGUGUACAGCAAGGACUGUUGGUACCAGAGACAUUGCUGUUGGCCCAUGAAUAAGUCCUUCCGUGUGCACAAUACCCUGUUUGUCAGCUCUGUUUUUUGGUUACACCCUAAGGAACAACCUUUUUGUGGUUUCCUGCAGUGGAUCCCUGGGAGUGUUUCUUAUUCCAGUGACAGAAGGGAUCAGGCAGGGAGAAUUCCUGACACUAUGGUACCAUUUUCAGUGCAGAUUAGUGUGUCGCAGUCUCUAUCAUUACUGCCUUCAGAGGUGUGAACGUAUCAAACCAAAAACAACAACAAAAGAGGUACUCUGGCAGACUCUAUACAUUCAGGAAAUCAGUUACAAUUCAUGGUGUGUGUGCAUACAAUUGAUUUUAGUAGACUGUAUUACUUUUAACAUAAAAUGAAUGAACACCAACAUAUCACUCUCAGAAAUAAAAUUAGAUUAUAAGAGGUAGCCAAGACUGUAUACGGAGUUGAGGAAAAUAUAAUAUUCAGGCUGGACAGGUGCAAUAUUAACUUACAUCUCCCUUCUGUGGAUCACACUUUACUCCUUGCACCAGUUUCUGUGAGGUUCUGUGGGGCUGGGAAAAUGGUAUUUCCAAACACUGUGCAGCAGUAGAAAUUGUACCUCUUCCCAGCAGCAAAUUUAGAUGAGAUUCGCACAACAGUGGUUCUGCCUCUUUCUGAGCCCCUGUUUCUUACUGAAUCAUUGUUUUAGGACAGUUUUCUCUGCCCCAUGGAGCUACUCUAAGCUCACUCAGUCUUCAGGACUUUCACUGCACUGGAAAGAAGUGGGGUGCAAUGAGAAGUGAAGGAAGAGCAGAAUUUUGCUUGGGAACUUUUGCCAUAGUCAGACUGGUUUAGCACUAGUUUAUCAGCAGGACCAGCAGAAUGACACAAGUGGCACAAAUUCAGUUGAGGUAAUAU